UCAGUCUCCUUCUGGUGUGGAGAUUUAGAGAAGUCUUCAAUUUGUCAGCACAGAGCAGCAGACCACCAUUUUCAGUGAAGAUACCUGCCUCUUCUUUUUUGGUGUUCUUGGCAAAAAUUAAAUCCAUUGCAUCAUUGUAACUCAUGUUUGGGUGUAGUUUCAGGAUACAGUCAUGGCAUAAACUUUCCACAUGCUUUGUUUAAAAAAACAAAACCAACCAAACUCAACCAUUACACCAAACUUUGGACUUCUUGCAUUGAGGAAUUAGCUUUAUUUUAAUACAAAUAUCUGAAGUACUCAAGAAAUCAAGAAUUUUCUCAAAAGUGUGCUUAUGAUUAUAUUCUUUGUUAUUAGAAGCAAAUUGAGAAGUUUUGUAGCAUUUUCAGUUAUCUCCUAAGGUACAGCUAAACCAAAACAGAGUUGUUCAAUCUAUUGAGUAAGAAAAUUCAUCCUUGCAAACUAAACAUUUCUAAGUGAGUCAGAAGUAUUUGUGUACAUUGCCCUUUUCUCUUCAAAUUAGGAACUGAGAACAACAUGCCAAUUGCAGACUUAAUCAUUUAAAACACCAGCCAUGGAAAACCUCCAGUCUAAUUUCUCCUUGGUUCAGGGUUCCAAUAAAAAGCAGAACGGGAUGGAGGAUGAUGGUAGUCCUCCUGUGAAAAAAAUGAUGACAGACAUUCAUGUCAGUGGGAAAACACUGACCAAGGUGAAGAAGGAGCAUUUGGAUGACUACGGAGAUGCUUCUGUGGAGCCGGAUGGCGAGCACGCUAAGCGAAAUUGUACUUCUCUACCUGAGACUUUACAUUUAAACCCCAGUCUGAAACACACACUGGCACAAUUCCAUCUAAGCAGUCAGAGCUCUUUGGGUGGACCAGCAGCGUUUUCUGCUCGAUAUUCCCAAGAAAGCAUGUCACCAACAGUAUUCCUGCCUCUUCCGUCUCCUCAGGUUCUUCCUGGUCCUCUUCUGAUUCCUUCUGAUAGCUCUACAGAGCUCACUCAGACUGUUCUGGAAGGGGAGUCUAUUUCUUGUUUUCAAGUUGGAGGAGAAAAGAGACUCUGUUUGCCCCAAGUCUUAAAUUCUGUUCUCCGAGAAUUUUCACUCCAGCAAAUAAACACAGUAUGUGAUGAGCUAUACAUCUAUUGUUCAAGGUGUACUUCAGACCAGCUUCACAUCUUAAAGGUCUUAGGAAUACUUCCAUUCAAUGCCCCAUCCUGUGGGCUGAUCACAUUGACUGAUGCACAAAGACUCUGUAAUGCUCUACUGCGGCCACGAACUUUUCCUCAAAAUGGUAGCAUACUUCCUGCUAAAAGCUCUUUGGCCCAGUUAAAGGAAACUGGCAGUGCCUUUGAAGUGGAACAUGAAUGCUUGGGCAAAUGUCAGGGUCUCUUUGCACCUCAGUUUUAUGUUCAGCCCGACGCUCCUUGUAUCCAGUGUCUGGAGUGCUGUGGAAUGUUUGCUCCCCAGACGUUUGUCAUGCAUUCACACAGAUCCCCUGACAAGAGAACUUGCCAUUGGGGCUUCGAGUCAGCCAAGUGGCACUGUUACCUUCACGUGAACCAAAAAUACCUAGGGACACCCGAAGAAAAGAAACUGAAGAUAAUUUUAGAAGAAAUGAAGGAGAAGUUUAGCGUGAGAAAUGGAAAGAGAAUCCAGUCAAAGACAGAUACACCAUCAGGAAUGGAAUUGCCAUCCUGGUAUCCUGUGAUAAAGCAGGAAGGUGACCAUGUUCCUCAGACGCAUUCAUUUUUACACCCUAGCUAUUACUUGUACAUGUGUGACAAAGUGGUCGCACCGAAUGUGUCACUUACGUCUGCUACGUCCCAGUCUAAAGAGGUCACCAAGGCAGAGACAAGUAAGUCCAUCUCCAGAGAGUCGGGAAAGUCUCAUGGUAGUAGUAAGCGUGAGAAAACAGUGUCUUACCCAGACGUCUCACUCGAGGAGCAGGAGAAAAUGGAUUUAAAAACCAGUAGAGAAUUAUACAGUCGUUUAGAUUCAUCAAUCUCACCUAAUUCUACAAGUAAAAAGAAAUCGGAGUCUACUGUUUGCAACUUAGUAAGAGACAUAAGCAAGCGUGAUUCUGAAGCUUCCUCUCCACUUCUGGUCAGAGAUGUUACUUGUGAAGAUGACAAGGGAAAAAUCAUGGAAGAUGUGAUGAGAACCUAUGUAAGACAGCAGGAGAAGCUGAACUCGAUUCUGCAGAAGAAGCAGCAGCUGCAGAUGGAAGUGGAGAUGCUGAGCAGUUCAAAGGCGAUGAAGGAGCUCACUGAAGAGCAGCAGCAUCUGCAGAAGGAGCUGGAGUCUUUGCAGAACGACCAUGCUCAGAGGAUGGAGGAGUUUUAUACUGAACAGAGAGACUUAGAGAAAAAGCUGGAGCAGGUGAUGAAGCAGAAAUGCACCUGUGACUCAACCUUAGAGAAAGACAAAGAGGCUGAGUAUGCAGCCCAGCUGGCAGAACUGAGGCAAAGGCUAGACCAUGCUGAGGCAGACAGGCAAGAACUCCAGGAUGAACUCAGACAGGAGCGAGAGGCGAGACAGAAGCUCGAGAUGAUGAUCAAGGAGCUGAAGCUGCAGAUCGUGAAAUCAUCGAAGACCUCCAAGGAAUAAGAGCUGAAGAAGACACGGACCUGUAUUUGUUUGACAGGUCUUCAUGUUUGUCGCUUGCUUUGAAAAUUGAAUUCUCACAUCUUAUUUGCAUGAAGGUAGCUAGGCAUUCUGUUAGUUUGUAGGGCAGCAAAAGUGAAGAAUAUAUAUUAAUACAAAUUUUUCCAUUUCCAAAUGUACUUUUUCCAGUCGGCUUGGUAAUAAUAACCUAUGUAAUUUGAACCUGUAGUUAGUCAGUCUACCUGUAUUUCUAAGAGUUACAUACUUUCCAAAGCUGCAUUAUGUGGUGGAAAGUACCUGGGUCAGUUUUGUCAUGAGUUAUUUUAGGCUCAACUUUAGAUACAGAGGUAAGGUUUAUGAUGCAAAGCUACUCACUCUGUAUCCUUCUCAUUACAGAACCUUGGGACUUUUAUACACUGAGCCUGUUGUUACUUUUGUUUAGGUUUUAGGAUGAGUUUCCCCUGGUUUCCUCCUAGAGGAAUCUUACUGAUGAAAUGAUAGUACCACCUCCCCAACAUACAGUGGGGGGGCAAGAGAGCAUGCUUUGCUGUGCCCUGAUGCUGCACACAAGAAGCAGUUGUGAUUUGUCUGUUUAAGAGUGGCUAUAUCUAGGUAUGUGUGUGAGACUUCAGAAAAUUAAAGUGAUUUCUUAACUUUUCCUGUUAAUAGUGGUGUGAAAGUGCUCAUUCAUGUUCACGCGGAAAAUGGAUUCCACUGACGUACGUUGGUUCCUAUGUAACUCAUAAUCCUCUUGUACAGUUUUUAUAUGUAGUCUUAAGGUGGUCUUAAUGAAAUUUAUAUAAUAGAUUUUUUUCUUUUAAAUUGUAAAAUACUAAAUAUCUUGAAGAUUAUUUUGGACUUUUGUAUGUUUAAAUGUUAUCUUAAAACUUGCACAAAUGGACCAUUAUAACUCUUUAAUCUCUUUUUUUAAAUACUUUAUUUAUUUUAUAAAGAAUGGAAACUCUUUACUGGAAUAGAAAGAACGCUAGAGUCAAGCUAAAAACACAGAGGGGAUACAGAGUAGGGGGAAAUUUUUAAUACUGAUCUUUAAAAAAAAAGUCAAUUUGAUGGUAGAACAACAUAUGCAGCAAAGCAAACAGAUGGUUCAGAGUGAGUGAUGCAGGUAAAGACUGAGGAGACACAGAAUAGAAAAUAAAAGAUCAAAAGUUGUUUUGAUAACAAAUGCUAAAUUACGGUUUCAUAUACCGAAGAAUAGGCAGUAGAAAUUAAAUACAUUAUAUAAUAUAUACUAUAAACAUAGUGUCAAGAAUAAUGAAGAAAAUAAUCUUCAACAAGUAUUUCAGACGUAUACGUCCACGAUCCUCUUGAGGUUGCAUCUGACUCAGCAGCAGUUUGGGUUGCCUUCUUUUAAUGGGGUCUUGAGGGUCAAAUUCUCCUAAUAUUCAUGACAAAAAGCCUUGGAAGGGUCAAAGCUCCUGAUGCCCAGAGCUUUAUCCAAUUCUCCCUGGGCUCUCACCUCAUUUUGUCUCCUUUUAACAGGCUGAGACCCCUCAGUUUUGACACCUCUGAUUUGAGUUGGCUAUUUUCAUUUUUCAAUUUCACAUGUUUGAUAUUUUGUUUUAGAUUCUGGUGACCUAGUAGCUGUGCAUAUGAAUCUCUGAUUUUAUUUAGCUGCUCCUGGGUGGCACCAUGUUCAUUCAACAAUGCCUGCCUCUCUGCUUUAAAGGCAUCCCCGUGUUGCUGAAAAGGUUUAGUUUUGUCAUGCAGUUCUUCAUAUAGGAGAUGCCAUUUAUUAAUUUCCAUGGUUAAUUCUAUCACUGCAUCUUCUUUCUCUGCUGUUCUUUCUCCUUCCUCUUCCAGCUGCUUCCUAAAGUCUUCAUCUUGUCUGGGUUGAUUUUGCAAAUCAGUUAUUUUCUCAAGAAAUGAAGAUGUGUUUUCUCUAAUUUCUGCUCCUUUCAAUGUUGAUCUGUUCUGCAAAUCUUGAACCAUCUUUGUGUAUUCUUGAUUUGUGCUCUCAGCUGUCAAUAUCUGUUGUUGAACAUCUACACUUUUUUCAGCCAUAGCUACUUUUUCUUGUAGAGUUAUUCUCCAGUCUAAGAUCUUCUAUCUCUUUACGUGUUGAUGACUUACAGCUUUCCAAUUGAGUAGUGACAUCUCUCGGGUUCUGUGCUGUGUCAUUAUACUUCUCUUGUGCAUUCAAGGUGGCUUGGGUGUGAGCGGCAGUACUUCCCUCCAGUUCAACUCCUUUCUUACUCAGCAGGUCAUAGAGCUGCUUCAGUUGUUCUGAAGAUGACUUCGUUUCCUCUUCCAGCUGUUGGACCAGCCUUUCACUCUGCUCCUCCUGCUGGACCACAUCCAGGUCAUCCAGGGCGAGCUUCAACUCUUCUUUAAAGACGUUCUCAGAAGUCAUUUCCUCAUGAAAAGAGCAGAGCUGCUGAGGCCGAGCAGACAGUUCCUUCUCUUGCUGCAGAAGUGACUGGCUUUGCAAUUCUUCUUGUUGCAGAUUUUCAUAUUCUUGCUUUUUCAGAAACAGCUUCUCUGUUAGAAUUUGUACCUCAGUGCUGAGACUUUCAGUCCUUUCUCCAUCCUUGCUGACAAGAUUGUCUCUUUCCGUUUCAAGCAGCUGACAUUUAACAGUCAGGUCUUCUAUUUGCUUAGAAAAUGUAAUGUUUUCCUCACGAGAUUGCUUAAGACUUAAAAUCUCACGAUCCUUCUCUUUCAAAUCUUCUUCUAAAUGGGCCAUAUCUAGUGUGUAUUUUUCCACUUGAUCAGAUGCACAGCUAAUUUCUUCUAGUUUUUCUGCUUCAGAUUUUUCAUCAAUCUUUUCUUUCUCUAUUGAAACAAGUUUUCCCUCCCGCUGGACUAUUUUUCCCUUAGACUCAGCAAGGCCCUUCUGAGUGGCUUGCAGCUCCAGCUCCAUACCUUCCUGUUUAGCCAUCAGACUCUGCACAACAGAGACGACUCAUCUUUGUCUCUCUCUUAUUUCUGAGUUUCAUCAUUGCCAGGCUUAGAGUUCUCAUGUUCUUUUGAUGACUAUCUUCAGAAAACUUAGACUUUAGUAGUUUUUCUACCAGUCUCUAUCUCUUUUUCUAAUCUCUUCACAUCUUUAUCAUUCUUCUGAGACUCCUUUCUUCUUUGACACCAGUGUCUUUGCUUUUUUAGCCAAAGCAAGCAAAGUCAUAUCUUUGUCAAUGUUAACAUUUUGUUGAGAUUCUCUUUGGUUUUUAAAUCUUUGUGAUUUCUGAAAAGACACUGGUCCUUUUCAUUGCUUCUGAAGUUUUAAUAUCAUGAGCACAUGGAGAUGGAGCACAGCCCGAAGGGUCGUUGAAUCUUUUCAGGGAUGCCUUAGGAAAAGACAUUCUCACGCCUGGGUCCAGAUGCGACAGCAACCAAAUGUCCCACCCAUUGACUCUUUAAUCUUAAGAUCAGGAAUUUACCGUCAGCUAAGAAUAUGUGAUAAGUUAAUAAUUCACCAUUGAAGUAUCUGCUACUAGCAGGAAUUUUAGAUGACAAAUGAAUUCCAUGAUUUGGGGAAGGGCACCCUCUGCACUUUUCUUCGUUGUUUCUUUGCACAUAAAGUCUGACAUUUUUAACAUCGAAUUUCACAUUAGUAGUAGAUUAGUAUUUCACAUAGGCUUGAAAUUACUAGGGAAAAUUCUUGGCAAGCUUUGUAUUUUUGUUUGUUUGUUUGUUUGUUUGUUUGUUUUCUGUUUGGCCUUUGACUUGCAGGCAUCCUCUUGCCUCUGCCUCCCAAGUGUUGGGUUAGCAGGCAUGAGUCCCAUCGCCGCUGUCCAUGUGCAGGGUUUUUAGGGAUGUUCCUGAAAGUAGUUCUGGCAGUAUCCUCUGUUUCAUGUGUCCUGUGAUGUCUCAUGGCACUACAUGCGGUGACAUGAGACCUGUACUCUACGAUGUGAGAGGUCAGAGCCAUGGGUUAUCACACCUGCUUAUGGUCGUAUUUUUUUUUUCAUGAUACUUGUCUAAAAGCAACUUUUCUACGUUCCAGAAGGGUGUUUGUUUCCUAAAUAUAUUGUGACCUAACUGGAUUUAUUCUACUAUGUUCUAUAAUUUAAUGUAUUGACUUUUGUAACCUCUUUGGGAGAACAUGUUAAGUGGCAUGGGGACCAUUGAUGUCAUUUUAUUUAGAUCUGGAGAAAGGAAACCGCAGGCAUUUGUAAAAUAGCCUUAGCUUAGUUGUCAGUUCAUUGUAUCCCAGCUUGUGUGUGGGAGGCAGACACAAGGACUUGUACCAUUUAUUUUUCUGACAGACUCAGAAGUGUUCUGCUUAUGUGCUGCUUAGUGUGAUUUUUCUAGUCUUGAUGAAACUUGCCUCGUGACAUUGUUGAGCGUCGUCUUCACUUCCCAGAAGAUGAAAUGAUGUGCCAUCAUUUUCUGUCUAAACGUCCUUAAAAGUAAUUUUUAAUCAACUGUAAAUAUCAUAUCUACUACUGUUGAAUAUAACUUUAAUUUACAUUGCACCAUAUAGCUUGAAAACAAACUUUGAAAUUCUGUAAUACUCCACAAGUGACCUCUACUAAAAUAUCCAUAUGAAGCUGACUUCGUGCAUGCUCAUUUUGUGUGCUGGUUGCUAUCUUAAGGUUUGCUUUGGUGUUAGGUCUCAUGUGUUAUGCCAAGUUCACUGGGCAGGCAGAUUUUCCUUCAGAGUCCAUACUCUGUUUAGGGAGAAAUGAGACCAUUUAUUCUUAAAAGCUAUGUUUAAGAGUGGAAGAAACACGGUGUUAGCUUUUGCACCGAGCAAAGGGUGGUUUCUGUCUGUGGUCCAGACUCUGAGGAAUUUGCACCAAGUGUAUAAAGGUACUUACGUGUAGAAGCUCCUGCUGCCAUCAAGGAGACUUUUAAACAAACCACCUGCUAAUCCCAGCUGAGACUGAGCACUGACAGAUUCUACCAACAACUUAGGUUUGGCUCGGGCUUUAACAUUUUUGAAGUAUAGUCUUUCACUUGAAUCUCUUGUGUUUUGGAAGAUAAGGAUGUUUUAUGCUUCUUGAGCUAAUUUUAUAACAUAUUUAAUAUAUAACCUGUUUAUAUGUAAACUUUUUGUACAGGGGUGGGAAGGAGUAAUGAAAAAACUGAUUUGUAUAUAGUGAAUUAUAAAGCAGACCGAAGUCGGUGAAACAGUGAGUAACUGCGGUGUUUCCAGGCUCCCCACAUCCCUCCAGAGUCCAUCAGAGCACCCAGUGUCUGUGUGUCUAUGGCUUAUGUCUGCAGAAAAGCAAAAUGAAAAGGAAGCACAAGUAAUAAGAAACUUGCCCGAGGUAUUUCCCUAGCAAGAGCUGCAAAGCUAGUCCUGAAGGGUUUUCAUCUACUGGAAGGUCUGUGCAACAUGUUAUGCUUUGAGUGAGUAGGGAAGGCUACUCGUUUUUAUUCGUCCAUUAGGCAUUUAAUCUUUAGGGCAGGACGUUACAAACUGAUGACAAAUUGUGGUCAUGCUAUAUGCACCUGCUCCUGAACUUGGAUCUACUUGUUAAUGGUUUCAUGGAAGCAAUCAGCAAUAUGUGAUAUGAACUGCUGCAUUAUAUAGUAUACUUGUGGAACUGAGAUAUUUAAACAGAGCUUAACUUUUUUUUUUUUUUUUCUAGUGUAAAAUACUUAAGCAUUUCCACUAUUGGAAGAAAACCAUAUAUGGGUAUUUUGUAUUGUAUCUUGUUUAAAAGGACAGUCUUUUUUAAUCUUCCCACUUAAAUGGCUUUUAAAAUAUGUAAUACAAUUUGAAGCUUGUUUAGAAAUAGAAUUAAAUGUCUUAUAUAGUGCUACUGUUUUGGAAUUAGAAACUGAUGAAAUAUAAAACAUUUUAAAAUUUAAGCCCAGAAAACAAAAUAGUGUUUAAAGUUAGUUUAGUAUAAAAGAAAUUUUUAAGAUUUUUUUCUUCAAUAUAAGAUACCUCACUUGAAAAUAAAGAAAGCACAGCACAUUUAAAGUAAUUCUCAUGAAAACACCCCCAUUAGAAUAAUUGCUAAAUCUAGGACAUCUUUUGAGUUGUUAGAGUUUGUGAUAAAUGUAGUCACCAUUAGCUGUCCUGCUGGAAGGACUUAGGGAAUUUUAAGGCAGUGUGAUAGUUCAAUUAUUCCUCAGUUUCUAAACUGUGAAGGCAGUAAGUGAAUGGUCUCUUCUGCAACUACUGAAGCAAAUUAACUACAUUGAGCAUAAUUCAAUUGAUAAUUUUGCCAAUGCAUAUACUUUUAUGAUUAAAAUUGCUGUGGUUGGUUGCAUUACAUGACACACAAAACUGUCCUCUACCUCACGUGAAAUAAAUAUUUUAUAUGGUUUUACUAAAAAAGAAAAUGACUCAUCUAUCUGGUUACUUAGUUUACAAAUUUUGGAUUAUAUUUAUUGAAACAUGACAUACUGUGCUCUUAGCUUAUACCUCAGCCGUAUUCUGUGCUGUUUGCCAUUUUCAUGCCUUGUACAUAACUUGUAUAAAUUGGAUGAUAUUCCCAAUAAAAACUUUUAAUGCCGAUCAA